AGUGUUGAUGUGUCUCUGUGUCAGGAUGUCGAUGUGUCUCUGUGUCAGGGUGUCGAUGUGUCUCUGUGUCUCUGUGUCAGGGUGUCGAUGUGUCUCUGUGUCAGGAUGUCAAUGUGUCUCUGUGUCAGGAUGUUUGGGGGCGUGUCUGGGCGGAUUCAGAGGGACCGGCAGCGGGUUGAAGGUCUGGGCUCGGUGCAGCAGGCCGUGCGCUACCUGAACCAGGACUUCCAGGCCCUGAAGGACGAGUGUCUGCAGACCGGUUCCCUGUUCCAGGACCCGGCGUUCCCCGCAGAACCCGCCUCUCUGGGCUUCAAGGAACUCGCCCCCUUCACCGCCAAAACCAGAGGCGUGGAGUGGAAGAGACCCACGGAGCUGACAGACAACCCUGAGUUCAUCGUGGGCGGAGCCACGAGGACGGACAUCUGUCAGGGAGCUCUGGGUGAGUUAUUCUGACUGUCCCUGAACGCACCACAGACAGACA